AGCUGGCAUACCACAGCCAUAGAGUGCUGACCAAAUGCGCGGGGGGUGUGGGUUCCGGCUGGGUUGGGGAGGUCACAGAAGCUGCUCUUUCCGCACAGAUUAUUGACGCAACUGGAGGCUUUGCGUCUGAUUUGAAUAUGAGAGGAGGUGCUGGUGGGGUGAGGGUCUCUGCUACCAGUGGUGUGAGAGCAUAUGGGGAUGUGGAUAUGAGUGCACCCAUCCCUGUUCUCUCCGUGUUCACAGUCAAGCUGCAGACCCCUGCUGCUGCUGCUGCUGCUGCUGCUGCUGCUGCUGCUGCUGCUGCUGCUGCUGCUGCUGCUGCUGCUGCUGCUGCUGCUGCUGCUGCUGCUGCUGCUGCUGCUGCUGCUGCUGCUGCUGCUGCUGCUGCUGCUGCUGCUGCUGCUGCUGCUGCUGCUGCUGCUGCUGCUGCUGCUGCUGCUGCUGCUGACGGGGUACGGGGGACAGGAGGGGUACGGGGGACAGGAGACGGUGAUGGUAAGGUGCUGCGAGCAAGUGAGCCAACAGCACAUGAGGGGACUGCUGCUGUCGAGACUACUGUCGCUACCACCACCACUGCACCUGCUGCUGCUCCAGCUGCUGCGGCGGCUGCUUCUGAUUGCUCUGCCUCUGUAGGUGCAGCUGCUGACUCGACUCAAAACACACCCGGAAAACGCUCUGCAGCAGACGGGGCUUCUAUUGCCACCCCAUCCCCCCUCCUCUCCUCCUCAUCUCCCUAUCUCCCUGGGAGCUCCAGCUGUCACUCCGCCAUUCGUCCGUCGCCCCAUGCUGACGUCAUCCUCCCCAUCCCUCUCUUUCUCUCGUCUUCUGAGGAGGAUCGGAGCAGCUUCGGCACGGAUCCAACCGUGGAGCAGGAGGAGGAGGAUGAGGAGGAGGAGGAUGAGGAGGAGGAGGAUGAGGAUGAGGAGUGGUAUCAAGAGCUGCUGAAGAACAUGCGAGAUGUGGACUUAGGGUUUGGGAAAGUGGAGAGGGCAUCUGAAAAAGAGGAGCGGGCAUGUGAGAGGGAAGAGACGACCGUUGGGGAAGAAGAGGGCGCAUUCGGGUUGUGUCAAAAGGGGGCUAGGGAAGCUCGGAAGGAGGAAGGAGGGGAAACGGAGGAGGGCAGGGAACAACAAGGGGCGGAUGAGGUUCCUCUUUUCGGAAAGGAGGCAGGAGAGGGAAGAGAGGGAAGAGAGGAGGCACAGAGGGAGGAGAGUGGGAGGAGAGAGCCUAGCCCUCGCAGCACUGACAGUGACGCUGGCACCAUAGCUUCGGAGGCUACCGAUGCUGUGCCGGACCUGCCGUUCAGGCUCGGAAAGCGGUUCUACAACAUUGAUUCGAUGCUGAAUAUGCGCGAACCUGCAAGUGCCUCGGGAAUCGGUGGGAUUGGGGCUGGUGGGAAGCUCUUUUCAGGGUAUUUGGAUAGGAAGGGUCGUGGAAGGACCCUCAUUGAUGGUGCAGUGGUGGGGGCGUCAGUUGGGGCAGCGGGGGCAGAGGGGGCAGCGGGGGCAGUGGGGGCAGGGGGGGCAGCGGGGGCAGAGGGGACAGCGGGGGCAGUGGGGGCAGGGGGGGCAGCGGGGGCAGAGGGGACAGCGGGGGCAGUGGGGGCAGGGGGGGCAGCGGGUGAGAAGGAUGGCAGCAUCGAGGGUGAGAGUAAUGAAGGCGCGAAUACGUUAGGUUUGGACCAUUCAGACCUUCUGCAGUUCGACGAGGUAUUCCGAGUCAAGCAGGCUCGGCGGCAGUGCCAUGCCGAAGCUAAGGCUGCCGUGGCUGCAGCUUUGGACGCUCAAGAUGAUCUGGCAGACGCCGAGGCUGCACUGGAGGAAGCUUCCAAGGAAGUUGCACGGCUUACGGCAUGUACUGACAUUGAGAAUAAAGACACAAGUCCAGAGGAGCUUGUAAAGGGGGAAGGGGUUGCUGGUAACCAGGCAGGGGUUGUGGUAACCAUUGACGGGGAAGGUGAGAGAAGCAGUAUGCGGAGCAAGGGUUGCAAAAACGAAGGGGAGGGGAAUAAAGAGAGUGAGGGUGUGGAGGAGGGAGUGACAGAAGGAGGGAGUGGGGAGGAGGGAAAUGCUGAGGGAGAGGAGGUGGGGGGAGUUGCAGCGAAAGCUGAAGAGGAGGGCAGUGGGGAGUCUAUGGAGAAUGUAUCUCUUUUUUCUGCCUGUUCUUCUGCCCUGGCUUCCCUGGAACGAGCUCAGGUUGCCCGCAACGAAGCCGCUGCCCGAAUGCGUUCCCAGCGGCGCCGGGCAGCUGCGAAAGUUUCGGAGCUGGAAGCUGCCCGGUCCUUGUACACCACGCUGCUUCGGGCAAAAGAAAAACGGGUAGCUGAAAUAAAUAGCGCUGCUUAUGGGUUGAUUGGAGAGAUGAAGGCAGCAACUGGGUGUGUAACACCUGGUGUGGUAACCCCACGGAGGGGGUCUGCAGCUAGUAGCGACUUGUCUGAUGUGCACCACUGCACAGAUGGUCUGGAAGAUGACUGUAACAAAGAGGGCUAA